AUGACACCCCUCCGAAACGUUCUCCAGAGACCUUUCAAGAGCUUUCAAACUUCCUCGCGAACGACCUCGAGCCCCUCUACGGUCAAGCCAGUAACGACGCCGCCCCCACCGUCGCGACCUGUCGCACCUGUGCAGCCGACUUCGAACGCGCUUCCCACCAUCCAAAUCGGCGCUGUGCCGAACGGGAACAGAACGUCGUAUUUCAUCGGAUUUUACAGGCAACCGCAACCCAACCGCAAUCAGGUGCCGAUUAUCCAGCGAACCGCUACUCAGGGAUUAGGGAUAUUAACUUAUACCUACAACCCUUCAUUUGGAUAUACGAGUUUAAAUCCGUGGGUUCAACAAACGGACUUUUACUAUCCAGUGGAAUAUUUUCCGUAUCUGUCAACACUCGGCCAGGAUUCGGCGUUUGCUCCCCGGAAUCCCGUCGCUCGAUCAACUCAGAGGAGCGUAGCGCAGACCGCAAGUGGCUCCGAUACCCCUCAAGUAAUCUUGUACGGACCGGCGCGCGACAACCCGAGCAACGUUCAAUACACUUACGUUCCCCUAGAUGAUCUUAUCGGAGGAUUAAGGAGGACAUCAUCACGUUUCUUCGGUUUCCUUAGUCGCCGCUUGCGCAGGAAUCGCACGAGCAGUCUCACUGCCGACUGUCUCGAUUGCUUCGAUUGAAGGUGCCUAGCCCGCAUUCGCCCCGAUGAAGCUCGGA